CUUCGUCAAAAUACUUUAGAAUUUAUUAAAUUACAAUUAGACCGUUUAAAUCCUUUUGUUACCAACUUUAGAUCAAUUUCUUCUGCCAGUAACUUAACAACCUUAAAUCUUUUUAUCAAAGCUGAUCAUGGCUUAGACCAACAUAUAUACAAUGCACUUACAGCAUCACAAGUUGCUGCAGUACAGAUAGAAG